AUGUCGGACCCUAACAAUGUUGCGCAGUACAAAUACUCGGCGAUGAGCAAUUUGGUGCUUCAAGCCGAUCGCCGAUUCAUAACCCGUCCUGGCGACGAUGCGACAGGAGACCCAGAAUCCCUCGCUGGGCGGAUAAAUAUACGAGACAUGGGAUCGCGAAAUGCUCGUGAAGAAGUUCCCGAGGGGAAGAAGUCUGCGACGGCGAAUGUAGACAUCGAAAGAGGAGCUAUCGCCGAGGGUGCAGAUGUCCUUGAACGCGAGCAGCGAAAGCGAAAGCGCGGAGAGCAGGACCAGCUUCGUGGAGCAGGAAUUCUUUCGGCUGCUGAUAUGCUUAUUGAAGGCCUCAGAUACCGUCCUAGAACCCCUGCUACGAGAGCGACCUAUGAUUUGAUUCUUACAAUGACCGCCAAUCAUCUCGGUGACGUUCCCCACGAAGUAGUGCGAAGCGCAGCAGAUGCCGUGUUGGAAACACUCAAAGACGAGGACAUGAAGGACUUCGACAAGAAAAAAGAGGUCGACGAUCUGCUAGGAUCGACAAUGAAUCCAAAGGAGUUCAAUGAAAUUGUUAAUUUGGGGAAGAAAAUUACAGACUACGAUGCCCAAGACGAAGACGAAGAUAUGGAAGAUGGUGCUGCUGGGGGAGAUGAAGCCGAACUUGAUGAAAGACAGGGUGUCGCCGUGGUCUUCGAUGAAUCCGACGAAGAAGAGGGAGGGCUCCGAAAGAUGGACGAAGUACGUGAUGAUGAUGAAUCAGACGAGGAAGCUUCGGACGUUGGAGAUCGAGCAGGCGAGGAAGACAUCGCCGCUGAACGAACCGGACUUGAUGAAGAUGAAGACAUGAUUUUGGAUGGUGGCGGCCUUACAGACGCCAAAGCCGCCACCGCAUCAAAGAAUUUUGUACCGGUUCGUGAAAUCGAUGCGUACUGGUUGCAGCGACAGAUUCGCGCAAUCUACCAAGAUGAGCAUCAAACAACGGAAACCGCCCAGACCGCUCUGGAUAUUCUCGGUGGCCAAACGCCAGAUGGUGGCGAACGCCAGAUUCGAGACAUCGAAAAUGAUUUGAUGGAGCUAUUCGACUACGAUCACCCAGAUCUGGUUACUACUCUCGUGAAAAACAGAGAUAGAAUUGUUUGGGCCACGAAGUGGAGACGGGUUGCUGAAGACAAUGACGCUCGUCUUCUCGUUGAAAGCGAGAUGGUGGAGGCUGGGCAUCGUGAUAUCUUGGACCAGAUUCUCGGACGAGCUGGUGCUGGAGACGAAACACAACGACCUGGUAAAAAAAUAAAGAUGGACCUUAUGGACCUCGACCUUCCUGCUGGUCCUGAUGGCACUCAGCAGCAAGAAGCCAAGGCCCCGUCCGGUGGUCUGAUGCCAACUCGUUUAGUGAACCUUGAAUCUUUGAAAUUCGACCAAGGAAAUCAUUUGAUGACCAACCCCAACGUGAAGCUGCCUCAAGGAUCGACGAAAAGGACUUUCAAGGGAUAUGAGGAAAUUCAUGUCCCGCCUCCCAAAGCAAAGCGUGAUCCUGGGGAAAGGAACCUUCCUACCACCGAGCUUCCGGAUUGGGCCCAAGUCGGUUUCGGUUCUUCUAAGGAACUUAACCGGGUCCAGACAAAGUGUUACCCUGCUGCCUUUCACGAUGAUGGCAAUAUGCUCAUCUGUGCCCCUACCGGCUCCGGAAAGACCAACGUUGCCAUGCUCACGAUACUUCGUGAGAUUGGGAAGAACCGGAACUCGGAAACUGGAGAAAUCAUGCUCGAUGACUUUAAAAUUGUGUAUAUUGCUCCACUGAAGGCCUUGGUCCAAGAACAGGUCGGUAACUUUGGCAAGCGACUGGAGCCCUAUGGAAUCCGUGUAUCGGAGUUGACAGGUGAUCGCCAACUUACGAAACAGCAAAUUGCGGAUACCCAAGUUAUCGUCACCACGCCGGAAAAAUGGGACAUCAUUACCCGAAAAGCAACAGAUUCAAGUUAUACGAAACUCGUCCGUCUUCUUAUUAUUGAUGAAAUCCAUCUUUUGCACGACGACCGUGGCCCAGUUUUAGAAGCUGUUGUUAGCCGAACCCUUCGCCAGAGCGAAACCACCGAAGAACCAACUAGAAUUGUUGGCCUUUCCGCCACCCUUCCAAAUUACAAAGACGUUGCCAGUUUCCUACGAGUUGAUGCAACAAAGUCUCUAUUCCAUUUUGAUGGGACAUAUCGCCCGUGCCCAUUGAGACAAGAGUUCAUCGGUGUUACCGACAAGAAGGCCAUCAAACAGUUGAAAACAAUGAACGAUGUCUGCUACAACAAAGUAUUGGAGAAUUGUGCCAAAGGUCAUCAAAUGCUCAUCUUUGUCCACUCCCGAAAAGAGACAGCCAAGACGGCUCGCUACAUCAGAGACAAGGCUAUUGAGAUGGAGACCAUUGGUCAAGUACUGCGGAGUGAUGCAGCAAGCAGGGCUAUCUUGGCCGAGGAAGCUGAGAAUGUUGACGAUGCUGCUCUCAAGGACAUACUUCCAUAUGGAUUUGGAAUUCACCAUGCUGGUCUCUCUUUGGCAGACAGAGACUCAGUGGCCAGUCUUUUCAGUGACGGCAGCAUCCAAGUUCUUGUCUGUACAGCAACGUUGGCAUGGGGUGUCAAUUUGCCCGCUCAUACAGUUCUGAUCAAGGGAACCCAAGUCUACUCGCCAGAGCAUGGAUCCUUUGUCCAGCUUAGCCCCCAAGACACUUUGCAGAUGCUUGGUAGGGCAGGUCGUCCUCAGUACGAUACAGAAGGCCUGGGAACAAUUAUAACCACACAGAAUGAGAUGCAGUUUUUCCUUUCACUUCUGAAUCAGCAGCUCCCGAUUGAAAGUCAACUGAUUAGCAAACUCGCCGACAAUUUGAAUGCCGAAAUUGUGCUUGGAAAUGUUCGCAACCGCAACCAAGGAAUGGAAUGGCUUGGCUACACUUAUCUUUAUAUUCGAAUGCUCCGAUCGCCUGGGUUAUACAGCGUUGGUGCUGAUUACGCAAACGAUGAUACUCUGGAGCAGAAGCGUGUGGAUCUGAUUCACUCUGCCGCUACCCUACUUGAGAAAGCUGGCCUAGUCAAGUAUGACAAGAAGACCGGUAAACUUCAGUCCACGGAGCUUGGACGGGUUGCUUCUCAUUACUACAUCAGCCACACCUCUAUGCAAAUAUAUAACCACCACCUUCAGCCAGCAAUCGGCACUGUUGAAUUGUUCAGAAUAUUUUCUCUCAGUGAGGAAUUCAAGUAUAUUCCAGUUCGACAGGAUGAGAAGUUGGAACUCGCCAAGUUAUUGGGACGUGUACCUGUGCCGGUCAAAGAAGGAAUCGAGGAACCGCAUGCCAAGAUCAACGUUCUUCUCCAAGCAUACAUUUCUCGACUGAAGCUGGAAGGUCUCGCUUUGAUGGCAGAUAUGGUCUACGUUACUCAAUCUGCCGGUCGACUUCUUCGAGCCAUCUUUGAAAUCAGUUUAAAGAAGGGCUGGUCGUCAGUUGCCAAAACCGCCCUGAACCUAUGCAAGAUGGCAGAGAAACGGAUGUGGCCAACAAUGACCCCGUUGCGUCAAUUCCCAUCAUGUCCACGCGAUAUAAUGCAGAAGGCAGAGAGAAUCGAUGUGCCUUGGCCGAGCUAUUUCGAUCUUGAUCCUCCACGCAUGGGCGAACUUCUUGGAAUGCCAAAAGCUGGCCGCAUUGUGUGUGAUCUCGUCUCUAAGUUCCCACGCCUCGAGGUGCAAGCUCAAGUUCAGCCAAUGACUAGGUCAUUACUACGCGUUGAACUCACCAUCACACCUAACUUUGUUUGGGAUGAUUCUGUACACGGCGCCGCUGAAAGCUUCUGGGUCAUUGUUGAAGAUUGUGACGGAGAGGAAAUCCUGUUCCAUGACCAAUUCAUUUUGCGUCGGGAGUAUACACAGGGUGAAGUGACUGAUCAUAUCAUGGAAUUCACUGUCCCCAUAUCUGACCCCAUACCUCCUCACUACUUCCUCCAUAUCACUUCCGAUCGAUGGAUGCAUUCCGAAACCAAGGUUGCAGUAUCUUUCCAGAAGUUGAUCCUUCCUGAGCGCUUCCCUCCUCACACGCCCCUUCUUGACAUCCAGCGCGUCCCUAUUCAAGCCUUGAAACGCGAAGAAUUCAAGAAUCUCUAUCCAAACUGGCAAUCAUUUAACCGAAUUCAAAGUCAAGCUUUCAAGACUCUGUUUGAAUCUGAUGAGGCGGUCUUUCUCGCUGCCCCUGUGGGUAGCGGUAAGACCGUUUGUGCGGAGUUGGCCCUUCUGCGUCACUGGGCGCAGGGCAAAGCUGGCCGUGCAGUUUACAUAGCUCCAUUCCAGGAACUCAUUGACCAACGAUACAACGAUUGGCAAAAGCGACUUAGCCCGGUUGCUGGUGGUAAAACCAUCGUCAAGCUCACCGGAGAGACUACAGCCGACCUGAAAUUACUAGAUUCUGCAGACUUGGUUCUUGCCACCCCUGUGCAAUGGGAUGUCUUGUCUCGCCAGUGGCAAAGGAGGAAGAACGUUCAGAGCGUGAGCCUCUUCAUUGCCGAUGAGCUCCAUUUGGUUGGUGGAUACCUGGGUUAUACAUAUGAAAUAGUUGUUAGCAGGAUGCAGUUCAUCAAAUUGCAGACUGAGAGUGAUAUGAGGUUGAUUGGCUUGAGUGUGCCAUUGUCGAACGCUCGGGACAUCGGUGAAUGGAUCGGAGCAAAUCGCCAUUUCAUUUACAACUUCAGCCCAAGUGCCAGACCCGUUCCACUGGAAUUGCAUAUCCAGUCCUUCACAAUACCGCACUUUCCUUCUCUUAUGAUGGCUAUGGCCAAACCCGUAUAUCACGCUAUAGCCAAUCAGCUUUCAUCCGACAAGCCGGCUCUUGUGUUUGUUCCCAGUCGAAAACAAGUUCGCUCGACAGCUAUCGAUAUUUUGGCUGCUUGCGUCGCCGACGACAACGAAGAUCGUUUUCUGCAUGCCGACGUCAAUGAGAUUUCCCCGCUGCUGGAGAGGCUGCACGAAAGAACACUGGCCGAGUCUGUUUCACAUGGUGUUGGUUACUACCAUGAAGCCCUGAGCAAUAACGACAAACGCAUUGUAUCGCACCUGUUCAACAUCGGGGCCAUCCAAGUGAUGCUAGCUUCUCGAGAUGUUUGCUGGGAGAUUGACUUCACCGCUCACUUGGUCAUCGUGAUGGGCACGCAAUUCUUUGAAGGCAGGGAGCACCGCUACAUAGACUACCCAAUCAGUGAAAUUCUUCAAAUGUUUGGAAAAGCGUCUCGCCCUGGGGUGGACAAAGUUGGACGUGGGUUGCUAAUGGUAUCAGAGACUAAGCGGCCGUAUUACAAGAGAUUCUUGGCAGAGGCCUUGCCUCUUGAGUCAGGGCUCGCUCAGGCUCUCCACGAUGCCUUUGUGACUGAGGUCAGUACCAAGACUGUUGGCUCUACUCAAGAUGCAGUGGACUGGAUGACAUACACCUACUUUUACCGACGCCUUCUUGCAAAUCCAAGUUUCUACGGGUUAACAGAUGUUAGCCAUGAGGGUCUGAGCACAUUCUUAUCAGAACUCGUGGAAAACACGUUGAAAGAACUCUCGGAGGCCAAGAUCAUUGAAUUGGAUGAGGAGGACGACACUGUCUCGCCGCUAAAUGCUGCCAUGAUCUCGGCAUACUACAACAUAUCUUUUAUUACUAUGCAGACCUUCCUCUUGUCUCUCUCUGCUCGCACAAGGCUCAAGGGCAUCCUGGAAAUCGUCACGUCUGCCACAGAAUUCGAGUCGAUCCAAAUGCGCCGACAUGAAGACCACAUCUUGAGAAGGGUUUACGAGCGAGUUCCUGUAAAGAUGUCUGAACCAGCCUACGACUCACCUCACUUCAAGGCCUUCGUGCUUCUCCAAGCUCAUUUCUCACGACUACAGCUGCCAAUUGAUCUGGCCAAAGACCAAGAAGUCAUUGUUAGCAAGGUGCUGAAUCUGCUGAGUGCAUGCGUUGAUGUCCUAUCUUCGGAAGGCCACAUCAACGCAAUGAACGCCAUGGAAAUGUCACAAAUGGUUGUUCAAUCUAUGUGGGAUCGGGAUAGUCCCCUCAAGCAAAUCCCUCACUUUACGCCCGAAGUUGUCAAGGUGGCCAAUGAUUUCAAGAUCAACGAUGUCUUUGAAUUUAUGGAGGCAAUGGAUCCUUCUGAAAACAAAGACUACGGCACCCUUAUUAAGCGCCUUGGUUUCGAUAACAAGCAGCUUGCCCAAGCUGCAGCUUUCACCAACGACAAGUAUCCGAAUGUUGAACUGGACUUCCAAGUUGAGGACCCCGAGGGUAUAACUGCAGGUGAUCCGGCAUAUCUCAAGAUCAAGAUUGAGCGUGAUGUUGAGGACGAAGAUCCUGACACAACGGUUCAUGCGCCAUUUUACCCUGCCAAGAAGAUGGAGAACUGGUGGCUGGUGGUUGGUGAAGAGAAGACAAGGAGCCUCCUCGCCAUCAAGCGAGUCACCUUUGGCCGUCAGUUGCAGACACGGCUGGAGUAUAUUGUACCGACGCCUGGCGAGCACGAGUUAACACUCUACCUGAUGAGUGACAGCUAUGUUGGCGUCGAUCAGGACCCGACAUUUACCAUCACCGCAGCGGAGGGAAUGGACGAAGACGAAAGUGAGGAGGAAGAGGAAGAGUGA